AUGCUGCGCAAGCUCUUCCACAGCGGUGAGAGCACUGGGCACAGUGCGGCCAAGAAGCCCGAAGCCGACAGCAAUGGCAACCGCAACACCGAGUUCGCCGAGAUGGUCGUGCGGCUCGAGCGCUUCGAAGUUGGACUGAAGGACACGAUCAACAAGCUGUCACGCCACUGCCAAGCCAUUUGCGGCGUUGAGCAGCAAGUGACAGCGUCAGAAGCACGCAAGCUGCUGGCGGAUGUCACAACGUUCAGGACGAGCUCGAUCGCACCCCUGCAGACUAUCCUGGCUGAUAUCCCGCAGCUGAAGCUGAAGUGCGACCACCGCAACAGCGCCAAGAGCGUCAUGCUUCGAUAUGAGAGAAAACUCGAGGAGAUCCAGUCGACGACGCGGUCCGAGUCCUCCCGCCUACGACGCAACCGAAGCAAGUAUCAAGUCGCCCUCGCACGCUUCAAAGAGAUCGACAACGAGGUGUUUGCGGACGUUGCGGCUGUACUGGCCAACGACCUACCCGAGCUUGCUGGGAAGUCCAUCGAAAAGCUACUGCUCCAGCACCAGAUCCUCACUGCCAAAUGGAUGCAAGCAGAAGUCACGACUCUCCAGAGGCACUUGGGAGGGUAUCGCGCUCUUGCGACCGAGAAGAAGGCGCAGCAGCAGUUGAUGCAGACUCGACUCGAAGUGAGCGAGGAGCGGACCAACGAAACUGAUGCCGCCGAGAGCUCCAGCGACAGUGACAACGACAGCAACAACAACGCGGACGACAAGCACUCGGAAGACCCCGCUCGCAGCGAGAAGCCGCCGUCUCCGCGGUUCCCGACAGCAAUCGCUCCUCCCAAGAAGCUCCAAGCGAGCGACCCCAUCCGGGUCAUGCCCAACCACGUGCUCAACCAGGAGCAUAGUAUCUGUCCGCGCAAGAAGCACGUCUCCGGAACGCGCACGUGGAACCUGCACCGCUACAUCAAAGACUCGAUGGCGUGCGGCCUCGACCUGGCCGACUGCAUCCAGCUGCCCGAGGGCUGCCAGCUCGACGAGUGGGUCGCCGUCCACGUGAUCGACUUCUUCAACGAGAUCAGCCUGCUGUACGGCACCAUCUCCGAGUUCUGCACGCACAGCUCGUGCCCGCAGAUGUCGGCAGGACCGUGCUACACGUACCUCUGGGCGGACGGCGUGCAGCAAGUGACGCCGAUCUCGCUGCCGGCGUCCGAGUACGUCGCGCGGCUGCUCGGGUGGGUGGAGGCGCAGCUCGACGACCCGCAGCUCUUCCCGGAGGCCUCGAGCACUGCAGGCAGCAGCAGCACAAGCAUCAGCAGCGGUAGCGGCAGCGCGGAGUGCAACCCCAAGUUCAUGCGGGCGGCGCGCAACAUCCUCAAGCGGCUCUUCCGGGUCUACGCGCACAUGUAUCACAACCACCUGCAGAACUACGUGGCGCUGCACGCCGAGGCGCACCUCAACUUCUGCUUCAAGCGGUUCGUGCUCUUCGUGCGGCAGUUCGAGCUCAUCGAGCAGAAGGAGCUCAACGCGCUGCGCAAGCUCAUCCAGACGUUGCUGGCCAAGCCGCUCAGCUUCUAG